ACCUCUGCCUUACAGAAAAACUUAUGAUAAUUAAACACAGUAACGACAAUAUACUAAACAAAAGAUCAGAACUCAUCUCUAAAUGCCGACACGAAAACAAAUUCUACCUGAAGAACACUUGACACCUCUACAGCCUAUUGUAUUCACACCUACGCAGUUCUAAUUAAUAUUAUAAAAUAAUUAUUAACGCACGCGCUGAUUGGUUGAAAAGCGCAAAAAACCGUGUUUCUAUGAGAGCAUAGAAACACGGCUUCCGAGUGAAGAGUCGCUGCAUUUCUCGGUAAAAAUACAAAAUGGCGACGCAUAAUGAAGAAAAUCCAGAUUUUGACAUYCGUUUUGACUUCGACGGCCUUGACCAACUUGACGAGAAUGCACUAGCAGAAAUUGAUGAAAUAGAAAAUAAAGAAAAUGGUAUAAUACAGCCCGCUGAAAAGAAAACAAGAUUCACGGAGCUUGAAGAGACUGCGCUAGACGAAAUUGUUGCAAGUGCCCCGAGCAAGAAAACAAAUUAUACGACAAAGUGGGGAGUUUCGGUGUUCAGAGAAUGGUGUCAAGAGAGAAAUAUUGAAACAAAACUCGAGGAAAUGGAGGAAAGUGAUCUCGACGCGGCCCUACGAAAGUUUUAUGCAGAGGCCCGAAGCAAAGAUGGAGAAAAUUACAGCCGGUCCGCUCUUUUGGGUUUCCGUUACGCUAUUGAAAGGUUUCUCAACGGACCCCCACWGAAUAGAGGUUUCAAGAUCUGCAAAAACCCAGUCUUUUUCCUUUCUAACCAGAUGCUAGACGCUAAAAUCAAGCAGUUAAAGUGUGAAGGAAACGACACUACUACCCACAAACCUGCCCUCGAAAAACAAGAUCUGUUGAAGCUAAAAUCAAGUCAAGCGAUCUUUCCUUCAAGUCCACAUGGCUUACUAAGAAAU